UAAAGUUCCAGAACAGUGAGACAUCUUGGGGUUCACCUGGUUUAGGAAAGACCUUAACUAACUACCAGCUGGUCGUCACCUCCAUGUUCUUUAAAUAGUCGAGUCUUGAGGUCUUUUCACUGUGGUCUGUUCUGAUGGAUGGCUCCCACCAGCGUGAAUCAGAAGGAUGACCUUGUUCUGUGAGCAGGACACCUGUGAGAGAAGGAGCUGUGUGUGUGGAAGUCUGUGGGAAGAGAGAGCCCCCUAGAAUGUCCCCACCAAACCAGUCAGUGGAAGGCCUUCUCCAGGAGGCCUCCAACAGACCCCUGAACGCUACAGAAAGCCCAGAGGCUUGGGAUCCGGGGACCCUCCAGGCCCUCAAGAUUUCUCUUGCUGUGGGCCUGUCCAUCAUCACACUGGCCACAGUCCUUUCCAAUGCCUUUGUGCUUACCACCAUCUUCCUCACCAGGAAGCUCCACACCCCAGCCAACUAUCUCAUCGGCUCCCUGGCCAUGACUGACCUCUUAGUUUCCAUCUUGGUCAUGCCCAUCAGCAUCGCAUAUACCACCACCCGCACCUGGAGCUUUGGCCAAAUCCUGUGUGACAUCUGGCUGUCUUCUGACGUCACGUGCUGCACGGCCUCCAUCCUGCACCUCUUUGUCAUCGCUCUGGACAGGUACUGGGCCAUCACUGAUGCCCUGGAGUACAGCAAACGCCGGACAGCAGGCCAUGCUGCCGCCAUGAUUGCCGUCGUCUGGGUCAUCUCCAUCUGUAUCUCCAUCCCACCGCUCUUCUGGCGGCAGGCCAAAGCUCACGAGGAGAUGUCGGACUGCCUGGUGAACACUUCUCAGAUCUCCUACACCGUCUACUCCACAUGUGGGGCCUUCUACAUCCCGUCUGUGUUGCUCGUCAUCCUCUACAGCCGGAUCUACAGGGCUGCCCGGAACCGCAUCCUGAAUCCACCAUCACUCUACGGGAAACGCUUCACCACCGCCCACCUCAUCAUGGGCUCUGCGGGAUCCUCGCUCUGCUCUCUCAACCCCUGCCUCCAUGAAGGGCACUCUCCUUCGGCCGGCUCCCCACUCUUUUUCAGCCACGUGAAAAUCAAGCUUGCUGACAGUAUCCUGGAGCGCAAGAGAAUUUCCGCUGCUCGAGAAAGGAAAGCCACUAAAACCCUGGGGGUCAUUCUGGGGGCCUUCAUCAUCUGUUGGCUGCCAUUCUUUGCUGCAUCUCUGGUCCUCCCCAUCUGCCGGGACUCCUGCUGGAUCCACCCAGCCCUCUUUGACUUUUUCACCUGGCUUGGCUAUUUAAACUCCCUCAUCAAUCCAAUAAUCUAUACUGUAUUUAAUGAAGAGUUUAGGCAAGCGUUUCAGAAAGUUGUCCAUUUCCGGAAAGCCUCCUAGUCUUAUUUGGUAGUGACUCCUGUUCUCUUUUGUGUCUUGUAACCCAAUUGAGGUUGUCUUUUUUGUUUUUCCUGAGAUUUGAGUGAAUCUUGAUAUCUUGGGUUUCGGUUCAAGCAAUAGAAUUGUUUGGCAUUCUUUUUCCUGUUGUCUUCUUGACUUCUGAGCCACCAAAAGUUAGGCAGCUGUGUGAAAGGGGACAGACUGAAAAUUUCGCUUAGCAUACUAUUUUCACAGUUCAUCCAUGUUGGAAGAAACAUCGCCCACAGGAUUCCCUGUUGAUUCAAUUCAGGUGGAAAGCUGUCUGACUCUGUAGGAAGACCCCAGGCUCAAAGGGGAGGCUUUCUGGGCUACCUAAGUUUUGUAUGGCGCUCAAAGGAGGGUAGAUGAGAUUAAUGACCUGAGUUGAAAAAGAAUCUGGAGUCAAGAUGGAGGGAUCUCCGUUCCAUGUGGAACCUUGCUUGG